AUGUUGGUACUACAUCCAAAAAGACAUAUUUAUAGCCAAGCCUCCUCCACAGUUAAUCUCUUUCCACCUACCGCUCACUAUUUAAAAACAAAGCUCUCAAAUAUUAACACUUCUUGUAUCAACAUGAUCAAGUUACUCACUCCUCUAUUCAUCGCUUCCCUUGCCAUUGCGCAUGCUGCUGGCCGCCCGGAAGAUGUCCAGCGCCGCACUGACGAGCUUGCCUCUCAACUGGUUGACGAGCUAGCUGACCAGGAAGGCUAUAGCACGAGAGUUGAAUAUGUAAACAUGUGUGAAUAUCCCGUUCAUAUUUGGCGAACGAAGAUGGCCAAUACGAAGAGCCUUGGCGUUGUUCCCGCCAAUGAGACUGGCUACGACAUUAUCAAGGCGGAUCCCAAGGCUACAGAGGUCAAAUAUCGCUUUGCUCGCACAAAAACGAGUUAUAAGGACGGUUCGGGAGCUUUGGAGCUUGGAUUCAAUCACAACGUCACGGAGCGCUACAUGAAGGUGGAUUCGCACAUGGGCCCUGUCAUCCGCAACCCGCUUGGAGAGGACUACGCCCUGGCUACGGUUGCUGUCAGCGGCUGCGAUAAGGGAGACAGCGGGUAUGAUGUAAAUAUUUUCUUCGGAAGAAAGGUCUCCGUCAAAACUGCAUGCAAGGCCAUCAAGAGCACGGUGAUCAACAUGGUUUGGUUUUGCCUGGAGAAUGUCGAUGGUAGGUCGACUAUGGCGUCUGUUCAUUAA